UUGAAAGAUGCACAAGAGAAUUGUUGGUUUCGGUUUCUUCAAAAGAAAGAACGUGAAGUUGAAGAGGAAGAACUGAAAAAACUGAAAGAAAAACAAGAACGUCGUCGACUGGAAAGAGAACAACAAGAACGCGAAAUGGCCGAGAAGAAGCUCCUGGAAGACGAACGCAGAAAAAAAGAAGAGGAAGACCGCCGAGUACGUCAGGAAGAAGAAAAAAGAAAGAAAGAAGAGGAGAAAAACAAACGGCAGCAAAUGAUCGGCUUAAACUUUCCGACUGGUCAAGGCGGUAGAAAUUUUGUCAUACCGAUAAAGACGGAAAAGAACGACAAGUUCGGAAAUAUUGUGCAAGCAAAACAAGAGAUGGGGAUGACCAAAGAUCAGCAGGAAGAAGCAAAAAAGGUGUUCAUGGUUACCGUACGUAAUGCAAUUCCGGAGGCGUCGGAAAUUCUUGCAAACGAACUGAAAGCGAAAAUCAAAGAACUUCAUAAUCGAAUUUGUAAACUCGAAACGGAUAAAUACGAUUUGGAAAAGCGCCACGAGAGACAACAGUACGAUCUGAAAGAACUGAAUGAACGAUCUCGACAAGUGGCGAGAAACGCCGAUGGCAGGAAAGGCCGUGACGCCGAGACCGGUGGCCGCCACCCGCCAAAGGUGCAGGUAUUUUCAAAAUACGAUCGCCAAAUUGAUCGACGAAACUUCAAAGAAAGAAGAUCCAUGUACGAGCACAAAAACGCAUUUCCAUGUUUUCCUGGAGUUCCACCACCACCAACAAUCUUCCAGAAAAUAAUUAAGAAAUACGAAUAUGAAACUCAAGAAGACGAAGAGGUUGGUAGUAAAUCCUUUCAGAACUUUUUUCGGUUCACUGAAGGCGUUUGGUGA